UCACUCCAGACCACAACUCUCUGACUCUCCUGAGUGAAGCACUCACCUUCUCUCUGCUCUGCUCUUCAAGAAUGGCUCCUACCUACCUGCCUUCUGCUGACUGCUUGAAGCUUUCCAACAAGGAAAAACAUAAACUAAGAAAACCUGCUGUGGAAAAAAUGCGCAGAGAUCGCAUCAACAACUGCAUCGAACAGCUCAAAGUCAUGCUGGAGAAGGAGUUCCACCAGCAAGACCCCAACACCAAGCUGGAGAAAGCUGAUAUUCUGGAGAUGACCGUUGUCUUCAUGAAGCAACAGCUGCAGUCCCAGAUCUCAGCGCCCGUUAAGGCCCACCAUGACAGCUACUCUCAGUGUUGGAGGGAGACUGUGAACUUCCUCUCAGCCAAGUCUAAGUUGGACGUGACCGUUCAACAUCUCAGCAACCACCAAGAAGUCCAGCUGGCCAAAGAUCUCAGCCACGUGUCUCCAACUGCCUUCCAGACCAGCCAGGGUCCAGUUUUGAUCAAGCAAGAGCCCACCAGCAGCAGCAGAGCUGUCUGGAGGCCUUGGUAGAAACUCUGAACCCAGAGAGACUUUCUUUCUCAUGUUGACCAGAUGGUGGUUUUACCAUCACUCAGUAGGAAACAUAUUUUCCAUGGCAGUGUUUUUCAUUUCAAUGAAAUGUAUGACUUACAUUUACAAAAUAUGUGUAAUAUGUGUACCCUGUGGGUAUGCAAUGUUUAUCAAUGAAUAUCUGGAUUUAUUUCUUCAUAUUGAAGAACCAAAGGUCAUCUGAUCUUUUGUUUAACUCAAGUAGAGUUGAUGAUUCUGAUAAAGCACCUUAGUUUCACCUUAGUUUAAAAACUUUUAUUUAAAGUUUGUUUGUUGCCUUUUAUAAAGGAUAUCAAGCUAUAUAUAUAUUUUUUUUUCAUUCCUGUGAAUAUAAAUAAAUAUAUUGAAUAUCAAAUAA